AUGGAUAUUUAUUAACUAUUGAGUUUUGAUGGAUUCAACAACACCUUGGAGAUCAUUCUUAACAAAGUAGCCUGCUAGAAGUUGCAAUAGAUACAAAACAACCUUAAUAUUAUUUGCAUUAUUGGAUCUCAAAAGUCUGGCAAAAGUUGGUUAUUGAAUAAGCUCUUUAUGCAGGGUUAAGGUUUUCAAUCUAGCACCAAAGGGUUCUAUUUUACCUAUGAUGGUUAAUUGAUUAUAGAUACAGAAGGCUUGGGUUGUGGUGAUCAAAGAAAAGACAUGCAAAUCAUCCUCCUUGCUUCUCUUCUAUCAAGUGUAGUAAUCUACUGUGGCUAUUCAGUCGAAGAUUUUGAACUCAUGAUUAAUCUUGAAGACUAUGAGGAUUUUCUACCUCCUUUUAUUUGGGUUUUGAGAGACAUACAAAAUAAGGAUGCCCUCUAGCCCAAAGAACUACUUGAAAGAUAGUUUAAAUCACAAAAUAGAGUGAAGAAACACCUACUUAAGCUAUUCUCGGAUUUUGUUACAGUUCCAUCAUCUAGCGAAAGUAUCGAGUUCAUAGACUCUAUGGCUUUGCUAAGGAGAAAAGUGUUGAAUUAUGCAAAGCCAAAGAAAAUCUAUCAGAACAUUUAUUUGAAUGGUCCACUUUUGGUAGAGAUGAUUUAGAUGGUGGUUGCUAAAUUCAACAGCAAUUAAUCGGUUGAUUUAAGGCAAGUUACUGAAACCAUAGUAGACAAGCAAUCUACAGUUCUAUUGAAUGAAGCAUUUAAAAAGUAUGAGCAAUCUAUUACAUAACUCAAAUUGCCAACAUGUUCAUUUGAAGAAUUGAAGAAUCAUCAUAAAGAUUCAGAACUCAAGGCUUUGGAAUAUUUGAAAUCUAAAAUCAAUGACAAAGACUUAAAUGAUGAUUUACAUCAGAUGUGCAAAGAGACAUUCAAGGAGAUUUGCAAACGAAAUGAAUAAGAAGCUACCAAUUUGUGCAAUUAAUUUAUCAAUUAAGAAUUUUAAACUUUGCAAAAACGAUUAUCUGAAUAUCGAAGUAUCUUAGAAUUUGAGAGGGACAUCAAAUUGUUCUAUUAAUUUUUAUUAGAGCAUGGACCUAAAACUGUGUUAAAGCAACAAGUUUAUUAAGAGUUUUAUAAUAAAAUGAUGACAGAAGGUACCAACAUGUUCAUUAAAUAGUAAAAUUAACAAUAAUAACAAUAACAAUAACCUUUAUCUAUAAAAAAUGAAAAUAUCAAUACAGAAAAGGAUAAAACCAUUAAUGAAUUGGUUUGUAAAGUUAAAGAAUAAGAAAAUAAAAUUUAUUCUUAAUAAUCAUAAAUUAAAUUAUUAGAGGAAUAACUAUUUUCUUCAGAUAAAUAAUUAGAAAUUUUAUAAGCAGAAAUACUUAAAUAGAAAGAACUCCAUCAAUAGCAAUUUAAAUAAUUUGAAAGAAAUAUCUAUCUAAAAGAGUCAGAAUUCAACAAAAUGAAGGCACUUAAUGAGUAAAAGAUUCAACAUCUAACAAAACAAUUAGAAUAGAGUUAGCGAAAAGAAACCUAAAUGGAUUCGUCAUUUCUCUCAACUAAAUCAGAAUACACAAUUUAAAUUAGAGAUGUCUAAUAAAAAUAUGAGUAAAUGAUCACUUAAUUAUAAGAAAGACUGUUAGCAUAAACUGACAAAACUUAGCAGCUUCAAGAUCAACUAAAUAAUCUAGAACAAUAAAAUACUUAGACCUAAUUUAAACUCUAGAGCAAAGAAAGUAAAAUAUAUGAAUAUCAAUAAUAAAUUCAAAUCCUGAAGAACUCAGUAAUUUAAUUGCCAUAAUUUGAUAAUUCUAACAAUGAAGAAAAUGAAAAAUAGAUUACUAAGUUGAAAGAGAUUAUCGAAACUCAGGAGUCACAAUUGAAAGAAAAGACAUCAUAGUUAAUACAAUUAAAAUCCAGUUUAGAAAGAGAACAAGCAUUGAUUGCUUAAGAGAAACAAUUCUUGGAGAUUUAACUCAAGGAUCUUUCAGAACAAUUAAAGCUUGAGAAGAAGAAUCAUGAAUAAACUUUAAGUCUAUUUGAAAGUUAGAAUGAUGUGAGUAAAAGCUAAGUGUUCUCUAAAUAAUAUAUGGAAAUGAAAGACAUGCAUUUGAAUGAAAUGAAAUAAUUAGAACAAGAAUUUGAAAUCUAAAGAAGAAAAAUGUAAUAAUAGAUUGAAUAUUUGAAUUCAGAAUUAAAUAAAACUGAGAGUUAAGUAUUGUAUCAAUAAAAUGAUUUUACAAGGGAAUUAUAAUAAGCCAAAACUUAGAUACUUAAUUAUGAAGAUAACAUUUAGAGAUUGAAUAGAGAAUUCAUGUUAUUAGAAUAGUAAAAGACUAGAAUCUAAAGAGAAUUGGAAGAAAAAUUGAUUUUGAAAACAAGGAAUCAUCAAUAAGAAAUUGAGGAAUUGAAAAAGUAGAAUUUGAAUGAAUAUAGAUUAUUAUAAAAUAAAAAUGAAGAACAAAUAGCGUAAUUAAGAUAAAUGUAUGAUUUGGAGAGACAAAAAGUUGAAUAAAAGUUUAUGGAAGAUAGAAAGAUUAUGGAAGAAAAGUAUAACUAGAUGGUUGAGGAAUUGGAGAAUCAAUUUGAUAAUAAUUAAGAUGAAGAAAUUUCUAAGCUUUAGAAAAAGCUAAAAUAAACAGACUUGUAAUUGCAACAAUUGUAAUAACAUUGGCAAAAUGAAAAUGAUUUAAAAUAAAAAUAGAUUUUAACCUUAGAAUAAGUAAACAACUCUUUAAAAAUAUCAAUUUAAUAAUUUUAGGAUGAUUAAUUGAAUUUAUAAAAGUCAGUGCAAGAUUUGCAUCAGCUCAAUUAAAUCAAGGAGGAAGAACUUAGUAUUUUGAAAUAAUAAGGAUCGUAUGAAUCUUUGAAUCAUAUUAAACAAGAUUAAAUAGAAAAAAUGAAAUAGAAUAAUUCCUUAGAAAAACAGAAGCUUACAGAAUAGAUUACUGAAUUAAGAAAAUAAUUAGAUGAUGCACAAGAUGAAAAUAUUAAAAUGAAAGUAGAAUAUGAAAAAUAAUUGGCAUUAAUUACAUAAGAAAAUGAAUUUAACUCACAUAAAUUAGAAUAACUAUAAACUCAAUUAUAAAACAAUGAGUCUAAAAACUUUACUUAAUUAAUUAAGAUUGAAAGCAAUGUUGCUCAAUUAACUCUAGAAACUGAUCUUAAAGAAUAACAGUAAAAAUAUGAAAAGUUAAGACAAUAAUAUAAAGAAUAAGAAAUCAAUAAUAAUAGGAUAGUUGUUGAAUUGCAAUAAUAGGUUGAACAAUUAAAAAUCUAAUUGUAAGAGGAGUAAAAUAAUUAAUAAAAGAAGAAUGUAAAUCUUCCAGCCCAAUAAAAUAAUGUGUAAUCAAACACUUAACUCAUUAAUUAAUUAAAAUAAUAAAUUGAAAAUUUGCAAAGUGAAUUACAGGAACUGAAAUCAUUACAUGAACGAGAUACUUUAUUAUGGGAAGGAAAAUUUAAGUUCUUGCAAUAAUAAAAGGAUUAAUCAAAAUAAGAUUUACAAGAAGCCAUGAAAAAGUUUGAGUUUACUAUAAAUCAUCUCUAAAAAGCAAGAUAAUAGGAUUUAGAGGAGGAGAGUAAUUCUAUUUCUGAAAUGUUGGUAACUUUAGAAAAAAAGUAUUAAUUAUAAGUUUUAGAUCUUACAGAACAUCAUUAAGCAAUUAUUAAUGAAUAUACACUGAAGAUUGAAUAAUUACAAAAAGAAUUAACAUUGAACAAUAUGUCAAACCAAAAUUAUCAGAAAGGUGAUUUGAGUGACAUUUCUUCUCUUUAUGAAAAUCAAAUUGAAUAAAUCAAAUUAUAAUAUGAAACAAAAAUUGAAGAAUUAUACUUAAAUCAGACUGAAGAAAGGCAGAUUUGGAGAGCUAAGUUAAGUGAAGCAGAAGAAAAGUUAAAAGAAGCAGAAAUAAGAAGAUCAACUAUGGUAUUUGAGCAUGAGAAGGAAAGGGCUAAAUGGAACAUUGAAAAGGAUGAUUUGAAAUAUCAGAAGAGUGAAUUGUAAGAAUAGUGCUCGAAUUUAGAAUAACAAAAACAUAAAUCUGAUAAAAAAAAUAAGAAGGUUGGAACUAUAAGAACAAGAUUAAGUCCCAAUAAAUCUCCUGGAACUUUUUCUAAUGCUUCUAAGUUAGGACAGUCCUUUGAUACUUUCUAAUAAGCGAGUAUGGAACUCCCAGAAGAAAAUAAGUCGAUUCAUUUGAAUCCUGGAGAAUCUUUCGAAGCUUAUUAUUAAGCGUAAAAAAAGUUUGAUUGAUAAUUAAUAUACAUUUAUUAUUCAUGAUAUUUGUUUGAA